UAAGUGGAUAUAUUAAAUAUCUCUUCCAAUUCUUCAGUUUAGUGUUUAGUUGACUAUUAAGUAUUUCCGUAUUAAAAAUGUUCAAAGCGUUGUUGUUUUCAAUUGCUUGCCUGGCUUUUCUUGCCACAACAAACGGUCAUAGUUAUCAUUUAGGAUCAUGUCCAUAUGUGGAACCUCAAAGAAGUUUUAAUAUGCAAAAGAUGAUGGGGAUUUGGUAUGCAAUUGAGAAAACAGGUACCGCUAGCUCCUGCGUGGUAUAUAACUUUUCCAAGACAGAUGAACCUUAUGAGUAUGAUUUGGUCCAAACAAGUCAACAUUUCAUAUUGAAAUAUACUCCUAUAGAACAUGUCUACAAAUACACUGGACGUCUCACCGUUCCAGAUCCUGUUACUCCAGCAAAGAUGUCUGUCAAGUUUCCAUUGAAUGUGGCUGGAUCAUCAAAUUUCACAAUAAUCUCCACCGAUUACGAUUCGUAUGCCCUCAUAUUUACCUGUCAGAAAUUGGCCUUUGCUAACAGACAGUCUGCCACCAUUUUGUCAAGGGAUAAGGUUUUGGACAAGGACCUUCUUAUAAAGCUCCGAGAUAUACUAUCAGAGAAUGAAAUUGACCCUCAUGACCUUUCAAUCAUAAGCCAAGCAAAUUGCCCCAAACUCAACAAUGAGUCACAUGUCAUUGACAUUGAUGAUGAAACUCUUUCUGCCAAGACAGCAGGAAACGUUAUAAGAGGAACUGGAAACGCAAUUGCUAGUGGUGCCGAAUUUGCUGUCGAGGGUGUUGGAACUAUCAUUAAUAAAGUGAGAUCUGACAAAAAACCAGAAAAAUGAGAUAAAAAAAAAAUAAAUGUCGAAUUGUGAUAUGUAUUAAGAAAUAAAUAAGGUUUAAUUUUA